AUGCGAAGUCUGCCAGAAAACCAGCUUCAUCCUGCGCUAAAAUCGCUGCGCCACGAAGAAGCGCAUUUGAAAACGAAGCUUCAGAAGAUCGCUCCUUUUGCUUUUCCGUCCGUCAGUAAUACGGGCGUUCAGGUCCUCUGCGACAUUCUCGUAACAAAUGUCAUCAUUCCUGGAAUUAACUUGGCGACAGACAAAGAAAUGGGCUACAGAAUCGUGAUCGAAGCAAAUUCAUCGCUGCGCAAGAAAUUCCGAAAGGAACUCGUCAAACUCGGCCUGGACGAAAACGCGAAUGAAAUUCCGCCGAUUUGGAAAAGGCGAAAAUCGAACGCAAACAAGAUCAUUCUUUACGACUUUGGCAGCCGCGGUUUUGUCAAGACGGAAAAGUCCAUCUUCGUUUUGAGCGUCCGGCAGAUUUUGGAAGAUCAUCAAAUGUUUUACUCCUUCAAAUGCUGGCUGCAAAAGUACCAGGCAGUUUCCCUCCUCAAUUUUGUCCAUAAAUUCGAAGAUUUUAACCGCCGAUUUUUCGGACACGUCGAAUUCAGGGAAGAAGAGCUACAGUCAUUCCACAAAGAACUCAGCAACCUAAUGGAUGUGCAUUUUUCGAAAGGCCCGUGUUGCAUUCCCAUAUCUUCCAAAAUCAUCGAAGAUUUGAAAGCGAUCGUGUUUGGGAAGCAGCAGUCGCACGAAAACCUCAUCAAAGCGUCUCGCCCAUUAACACUUGCGUACAACACUACUUUGUACUUGCUGGAAGAGUAUUAUCUGCCGGACUUUUGCCAUGGAAUAUUUUUUAAUGACAGUAGCUUGGCCUGUGGACACGCUGCUUAUGAAGUUAUUGGGCCUCGUGAUGCUCAGCACGCAACGAGCAAAUCCAUUACCCGUUCUGCCUCGAACCUGAGCAACAGGAAAACCAACGCAAAGUAUCAAAACAGCAACCCGCAAAAACAAUCGAGCGAGGAAAUGAAUGGCUCCCAAUCCGACGCUUUCAGCUUCACCGAAUACUUCAGCAAGACCUCCGACGAUCUGCAAACUGUUCGAGUGACGAUUCCGCGAGUAGAGAGAGACGCAAAAGGAGAGUAUGCUUUCGUCGUUGCUGUUGAAAGUUCGAUAGAAGCUCUGGACUCGCAGCGGCAUUACCAGCUCCGCUACUACCCGGAAUUCUACGCGCUGGAAAGCAAGCUCAAGGAGUUUCAUGGCACUCUCGGCUGUUCUCUUCCAACUCGACGGCUGAUCCUCAGAACGGAAGAAUAUCACAUCAAUAUUCGCUCAGAGCUUGAAUCCUGGCUCCAGAAGAUCAUUACCCGUCCGGAAUUGCGCCAUUCUCGGCUGCUGCUUGAUUUUAUUCAAAAUAAUCAAAGUGAGAGCUUUGGUUCUGGCCUGAUCGAGAGCAGCAUAAACCUUAAUCGCGUGACGCAACCACUUGACAAACUAAUCUCCACGAAAAAGGCUCCUCGGCUUCUUGAAAGUUUCGCGAAUCGAGCAAAAAUGCACUCCGCUAUUCCCGAUGAAAAUUACGUCGGGCCCAAAAACGCGGCAAAAGUUUACGAAGAAAAGCAAGCAUCCUUUACUUACCUAUCUGAAUCCUCGUCCCUUUCCGUUUCUUCAACCUCUUCAUCCCUCUCUUUCCAGUUUAACUCCAGGGAGGAUAAUUCGCUCGCCUGUUCCUUGUUCUCGUUAUUUUCCGCUCAUUUCUUUCCGCAAAAAUUCUUCAAAAGUCUGAUUUCUUCAUUCCGCCAUGUUCUCAUUUUGCUCAUCAAAGCGUCCACUCCUUCCAAACCAGAAGCGAUUGAGAAAGAAACCGUCAAGCAAACAAUCGACUCAUUGCUCGAGGGAAUUUGCAGCAUCGGCCUUGAUACUCUCCAAGCCUCUAGCUCCAACACAGCUACAGUUACUCCCCCUCCCUCGCGACGAGACCAAGCAGUAGCUGCUUUGAAGUGGUGGCCGUUGAGCAAGUCGAUAAUGAAAAUUGCCGAAGCGCCACUUUUGCUCAAGCAAAUUUAUUUUAUUAUUAUUGACGAUGUUGUUUCCAUCCUGUUCCCUGAAAUUUCAAAGUAG